GGCAACGCCCUAUGCAAUCGCCUAGGAUGUAUAGAGAACUAUUUGAAGGCCUUAGAUGGACAAAAUGCAAGUACCGCUACGGACAACUUCUGGACGGAGAAUGAUGGCGCCGUGGCAACACUAUGGAAAGAGUUGUCCGAAGAAAUGGAGAAGAAUGGCACACAGGAUCAGACGGAAUGUGAAGGAUUGCAAAAUCCAUCUGCCGUAGCGGCAUGCAAGUAUUUGCAUGCCGGCUUAAAGCAACUGUAUACGGCGUCGUCGUCGACGACGACGUCGUCGGCGCCGGCAGGCGCCGACGUCUUAAAGAACAACCCAUCGUUUAGACAAACGAUGGGUUGUUUUUUACUUCACGCUUAUGCAAAACACAUGAAAGAAAAAGCAACUUGUCUUAUUGAUGAUGGUAUACAGAAAGCUUUCACACUUGGGGAGGAACUCAGUAAAAGUGGUGGUAAGGGCAGUAAUUGCACUAAUGGACAAUGUAUUCCGUGCAAAUGGGAAGAAGAAAAAUUUGGCGAAUGCCAAAUUAAAACAAAGGACAAUGGCGAUCAGGAGAAUGUUGAGAAAAAAUUGAAGGGCAUCAUUGAGGAAGACAAGGACGACCACAUUAAGACAAUGGCAAAGAAAAUAAACGAAGUGACCCAACUCUGUGACCAAGUCAAAUGUGUAACGAAACGCUGGAUGAGUCAUAAUGGCAACACGAACAACUGGGGUAAAGUAUGGGAACAAGUUCCAGAGCAGCUUAAGGCUCUUGCCGAAGCCACUAAGGAAGAGAAGAGGAAGGAAGUGGAAACUAUGAAGUUCUGCAGCGGUCUCAAUGAGAAGGGAGGAAAGGAUGCUUGCAUCCUUAUAGCAGCAGGAUUAAAAAACCUCUACGACAUCAAGGAAGAUAAAGCCAACGGUAACGACCCCGUUACGGCAUCGUUCCAGAGAACGAUGCAAUGUGUUUUAUUAAAUGCCAUUGCAGAUAAAUUAGAAAGUAACGACUUUCCAUGUAAGGAUGAAAAGAAAGUAAAGGAUGGGAUAAAUAAAGCAUUUGGGGAGAGUGAAAAAAUUAUGGAGAAAGGUAACGGUUGCCAGAAUAAUGAUAAAUGUUUUAAGUGUCCGAGGUUUACGAUAUCUGAUGAUUGCAAAAUUAAAACAAAUGACAGCAAGGAACGGCCACUGAAGAACGAAAUUGACUUAAGGUUGAAGGAAGAUAAUCUUGCUAAUAAUAGUUCCUUAUCGAAGUCUUCUCUUAUCAAGACCAUAUGUAAACCAUGUACUGGGGACGAGAACAAGGAUUUCUGUAAACAGUUCGAGUGUGUAGCACAGAAAUGGAAGAAGAAUAGAGGAAAGCCGAACUACGAUGACCUGAUUGUUGACUCCCCCUGGCUCCUCACGGGACCUCUGGGUGGAAUGAAUAAUGGAACGAAGGGGCCGGCAGCUGUCAAUGAGUACUGCAAGGACAACAACGGUAAAGAGUGGGGCACGGACGCCCAUGGCACGGCAAACAGGAUCGCCUGUGAGCUCGUUGCAGGCGGUUUGCAGUACAUAUCUAAAAUUCAGCAAUCCUAUUCGACGAAGGACGACAAUAAUCCUUACGAUAACCAAGAGUUCAAACAGUUCGUUUCCUGUUUACUGUUAAAGGGGGUCGUACAGAAAAUGAAGAACGAGAGUAUAAUUUGCAACAUAGACGAAGGAAUUAAGGCCGCUUUUUUAAAGGCAGACAAAAUUAAAGACGACCACUGCCAGAAUGGUAGACCCUGCAUUGUUUGCAAAUGGACAGACGAGGACUAUGACAAACUUGGCAGUUGCACCGUCGACCGCGCCAAUGUCAAUGUAAAGGAGAAAUUGGAGAAAUUAAUCACGAUGGACAAGAAGACCGAAGUCAACAAAACCUUGGAAUCAAUAACAAAAGCAGGCGGGAAUAGUGGCACUUUAUGUCAACGACUCCAAUGUUUAUCAUCAAAAGUUGAAGCACUUAAAUUGCAGGGACAAUCGAACACGAGUGCGAGCACAUUUUGGACAGAGGAUGGCGACGUUGGCAAACUAUGGAAAGAACUGGCAAAAGAAAUGAAGGAUAAAGGUACACAGAACCAACAGGAAUGCAGCACAGUCGAUAGUAAUAGACAACCCACCGACCCAGAAAAGAGGGCAUGCAACCAUCUUACAGCAGGUUUCAACAAACUAAAGGAAAUUCCAUCGAAUGCAACUUCAAGCUACCCCAUCUUGAAGGACAACCCACUGUUGAGACAAACAGUGGGUUGUUUCCUUCUUAAGGAAUAUGCAAAGAAAAUGCAAGGUCAAUCCACUUGUGUUAUCACUUCCGGUUUAAAGAAAGCUUUCGACACUGCUUCCAAUGGUUCAGAUGGAAUACAAUGCAAAUGGGAGGACAACUAUGACGACUGCAACAUUACCUCAACUGGCAACACGCAAACUCCAGUAACGAACAAAUUAGAACACGUUCAGGACAAAAUUAAGACCGCCGCAGAAGACAACCUAAAGAAAAUAAAUCACAUGGAUAAGUUAUGCGACUAUAUUAAAUGUGCCGCACCUAAUUGGUUCAAGAGCAAACUCUCCCCAACCACGACUGGAGUUGGUAGUAGUGGUACUCCUGCUACUCCAACCAAGACUUGGUGUGACUUUUGGGAGAAUGAAGGCGUCAAACCUAAACUGAAGACGAUGUUCGAGAAAAUCAGUAGUGAAGGUACAGGCGGGACUAUAUAUUGUAAAUAUUUCGGUGAUGGUAAUGAACGGAGCGUUGAAAGAAAAGCAUGUAAUCAUAUCAUAGCAGGAUUAAAGCACAUUAAUAGCAUUACAGGGGGCAAUAAUGGUGACUCCCAGAAGGAAGCCAAGCAACUGUUCGAAAGAACAGUUGCUUGUAUUGCUCUUAACAUGUACGCUGAUGAAAUUGUUAAAAGAUCGAAGGACAAAUGUCCCAUUGAUGAAUCUAAAAUACAAAGCAUGUUUGAUUUCUGGAAUCGAACUAAUAAACCUCCGUCUUCGCCUCCAUGUAAUGGUGCUAAUACUAAUGAUUGUUUUAAAUGCACAAGGCACGCUGACUUCAGUUCUUGCAACCUCCUGGUUGAUAAAGAAUUAAUUGGAACACCAAAAUCUGGUCCAAGUACAACUUGCAAUGAUAACGACAACAAUACCAAUAAGAAUGUCUCCAAAAAAAUCGACGACUUACUCAAAGGGGAAUCUAAAAUGGAAGAAACAUUAAAUAAAAUAAAUGAAAUGGACACUUUCUGUUCUGAACUCCAAUGUGCAGCAAGGAAAUGGAACUUUACAGAAAACAAUAAAGGAACAGCACCAUCUUGGAGCGACAUAGACAAGGACGCCAAGGAUGAAUUAACGAAACUUAUAGAAGAUAUGAUGCAACCUUCGAAGCAGAAGGACGUUGACAAAUACUGCAAAGACAAGGAAAAUGAAUGGUAUAAACUUGGCCAUAAACAAAGCAAAACAAAUAAAGCAGCUUGUUUACUUUUUGCUUCAGGAUUAAAGCACAUUUAUGGCCGUGCCAACGGCCAAAAGAAGGAUAGGUUUAAGGGCCCAUCGUUUGAACAAACGAUGGGUUGUUUAUUUCUUAAAGAAUAUUCAAAACAAUUGCAAACAAUGGCAAAUGAGAAGAAAAAAGGACAUAGUUGGGUACAUCCUCUUUGUGACAUAGAUAAGGGCAUAAAACAUGCUUUUGAUAAAAGUAAAAACAUUAUGGAAGAAACAUCUCCAUGCAAUAAUGGUAAUAAUUCUUGUUUUGAAUGCACACAAAAGGAAGAUUAUUAUAAAUGCAAAAUUGGCGAUGAUGAUAUAGGAAGUAAAUCUAAUGAAUUGUUCAAAGACGAAGCGAAACAAACCCAUUUGCAACAAACAUUAGAGAAUACAGUCUGUCCCAUCCUUCUUACGGAUCUCCUUACCCCUUUUCUUCCUUUGGCUCCUGUCUCUAUUGGUCUUUCUGCUAUGGCUUAUUACCUUUGGAAGUAUUUUGGUCCUCUUGGUAAAGGAGGACCACGUUUCAGAAGAUCUCCUGGUGAAAUUCCUGGUCCGUCAGUACAAGAACAAGUCCUCGAUCAUGUGGAAGAAGCUGGUCCACAUGAAUAUCAAUUGGUGAAGGAACGAAAACGGCGUUCUUCUCCAACGAGAACGAAACGUUCUGGUCGCACGAUUAUUGAAAUUCAUUUUGAAGUGUUGGACGAAUGUCAAAAAGGGGACACACAAUCGAACCAGAAGGAUUUUCUGGAACUUUUGGUUCAAGAGUUCAUGGGAUCGGAAUUUAUGGAAGAAGAACAGGUUCCUAAGGAAGAGGUUCUUAUGGAAGGGGUUCCAAUGGAAAGUAUUCCUUUGGAGCAGGUUCCAAUGGAACGUGUUCCAAGUUUAGGUUCCGGGUUUAUGGUUUAA